AUGCUUUACUGCAACUCCCAGUUGUAUGGCCCGAUCAUGCAAACGGGUGUCAACGUCUAUGACGUACGCAAGAAAUGCGACCGCUCCAAGGACGGCGACCUCUGUUACCGGGAGGUCAACUGGAUUGAAUCAUGGAUGAACGAGCCAGCCAACAAAGUCGCGCUUGGCGUCGACCCGAGCCGCAACUUUGCCUCGUGCAACAUGGAAAUCAACCAAGCCUUCCUUUUCCAGGGCGACGGCGGACACAACAGCGCGGAGCUCCUGACGGACCUCGUCAACGGUGGCGUCAGGCUGCUCAUAUAUGCAGGCAACGCGCACAUGAUGUGUGCAACCUGUACCAUGGAUAACCCACUCCACGGGCCAGCUUGCGGGGCUCGGUCCGGUCGGCCGGGCGGUACGGCCGGAAAUGUUACUUUCGUUACUGUGUUUGAUGCCGGACAUAUGGUUCCGUUGGACCAGCCCGAGGCUGCGCUUGACCUCUUCAGCCGCUGGAUCUCCAAUUCCCCCUUACGUGUUCAUGUCCAGUUUUGCUUCGUGUCUGAACUGAAUCUUGAGUGGCAGCUUUGGGCAACACUCGGCCGGCCACUGCGCAUGGCUACCGACGAUGUCGGGAACUUAAUGCUAAAGUCGGCGUGA